CUGCUCAUCAGCUGCUGGAGACUCAGUUCUGGUGGCAUGGAGAGGACCCUUGUCUGUCUGGUAGUCAUCUUCUUGGGGACAGUGGCCCAUAAAUCAAGCCCCCAAGGGCCAGAUCGCCUCCUGAUUAGACUUCAUCACCUUAUAGACAUUGUUGAACAGCUGAAAAUCUAUGAAAAUGACUUGGAUCCUGAACUUCUAUCAGCUCCACAAGAUGUAAAGGUGCACUGUGAGCAUGCAGCUUUUGCCUGUUUUCAGAAGGCCACACUCAAGCCAUCAAACCCUGGAAACAAUAAGACAUUCAUCGGUGACUUGGUGGCACAGCUGAGGAGGAGGCUGCCUGCCAGGAGGCGAGGAAAGAAACAGAAGCACAUAACUAAAUGCCCAUCCUGUGAUUCGUAUGAGAAAAGAACACCCAAGGAAUUCCUAGAAAGACUAAAAUGGCUCCUUCAAAAGAUGAUUCAUCAGCAUCUUUCCUAGAACACAUAGGACCCGAAGAUUCCCGAGGAUCCGAGAAGAUUCCCGAGGACCCGAGGAGACGCCAGACACUAUAGACGCUCACGAAUGCAGGAGUACAUCUUGCUUGUUGGGAUUGCGAGCGGAGAAGUAUGAUGUAUUAUGAGAGGAAAAACUCAGAGAAGCUACAGGUUAAGAUCUUUUCACCCAUUUACCACAUAGACAUUGCAGUUCCCUGCACAGACUCUAUGCUGUCGACAUGGGAAAUCUCGUCUCAACAAGAGCCCAGCUUCCCGUGUCAGGGAUUUCUGGGACGUCUCAAGUUGUGACUUCAUCUUAUCGCCCAACUGUGACAUUCUUCGAUUGGAAGGGGAAAACUAAAGAUUUUAACGAAAAAUACAGCUAGGGAAUUUAUCGAUCUGCAUGAGUAAGACCUCUUAUGAUCCUAACUGAAUGAUGUAAGCUGGAAAUAAUAAGCAUAAGAUGAAAUUGAAAAUUGAAGUCUUUAUUCUUUAAGAAAAACUUUGUACUUGAAAGCAUGUCUGAAGAGUCUGCUCAUUACCACUAACAUCUAGCAUAUUGAUAGCUAACCUCUUUAUAGUCUACAAGAGAGGUUUUCCAGAUGGGUACAAUUUUUCUUCUCAAUUAGGUCUAUCAAAAUUUAACCUAUUUAUGAGGUCACCCCUGGCCUUCACUGUUUUUCUAAAGUGGAAAGGGUGUAGUAAGAAGCGGGCCUAACUUGCGUUCCUCCCAACGUCAAGUUCCUCUAUAAGCUAAUAGUUUAACCUUGUGAAGAUGGCAACCAAAGCUUGGGGAAGUGCUACAUCACCCGUCUUCUGGAGCCAAAUAGAAUUCUCAGGUUUGUAGCUCUCACCUCACGUGGUUAUGGGUGUGCUGUGAUGAAUUUGCCAACUCCAGUCUCAGUCUCCUCUCACACAGCCUUUCCUUUCUGUCCUCUUCGAAACUUCUAAGAAAAAGAAGCAUUUUAAACAAGUCCAGCACUUAAGACACAUUGCAUGCACAUGUUUGAUAAGUUAAAUCCAACCAUCUACUCAAAAUCAAAAUCAGGAGAUGAGCCAAGAGACCAGUUUUAAACAGACUUUUACUUAACAUCCCAAUCUUUUAACCACAGAGGCUAAAUUAAGCAAAUAGUUCUGCCAUUUGAUAUAGAUUCCAACAGUAUGUUUCAAUGUCAAAUUAAGAAGUCUAGGAAGCUAUUUUCCCUGGAAUAGUAUAAUCGCUUUGAGAAUUUCUUAUUGUUAAAAUGGAUCUGAGAUCCAAGCAUGGCCUGGGGGAUGGCUUUGCUCUAAGGAAAAAGUGUCUGUACUUAAAAGUGCCUUUAAAACAAGCAGAGACAACAUGCACUGCCCUAAGAUAGUGCUGACUACUGGUAAUUGAGUCCCAGAAAAGGGUCACAAUCGGAACCAACGCAUUCUCUUAAAUUUCAAAAAUACGUAUUGCAAAGAAAUUGUAAACGUAACUGUAAAUGUGUGACUGUUGAUGACAAUAUACACAUAUAGCCCACGUUAAGUGUCCAAUGGUGCUAGCACGAGUUGCUGAGAUUGCCGCUCGAAAGCUGAAGCAGAGAUGCAAUCCUUCAGAAAGCAAUGAUGGAGAGAGAGGGGAGUCUCCAUGUUUUAUUCUUUUGUUGUUUCUGGCUGUGUAACUGUUGACCUCUUGACACUGUGAUUUUUAUAUUUAAGACAAUGUAUUUAUUUUGGUGUGUUUAUUGUUCUAGCAUUUUAAAUCACUGACCAUUUCUAAUCUAGAUGCACAAAUUAUUCAAUGCAGCACAGGCUAAGAGCUUGUAUAGUUUGGAAAUGCCAGUCAAGGCUUCUCCACUAGCCAUGGGAAAGUUAUGCUUUAGAAUAAACUAGACAAAAAUUGCACAGCAGUCUUGAACCUCUCUGUGCUCACGGCUCAGCCAGGCCUUGGACAUCAUUGUCCGCUGUGGGUGGGAACACGUUGGA